AUGGCGGAUGUGAAGAUGGAGGUCGCGAAGUCGGAGGAAAGCGACACGACCUUUCCUCACGAGACAGUGACCGACGAGAAUUUCCGCGAUGUUGUUCUGGACAUUUUCGAGAAGGAGGUGAACAGGUUCAAGAACUGUUGGGCGUAUCUCGACCAUUUUCACAAAGACCGGUCUGCGUUUGCUGAUCAGCUUCGUGCCCUCUUCCCACAGAAGCCCGAGGUAGAGUACCUCUUGUCCUAUGUGAUUCCGUCGACUGGCAACUUCAGCGUAUCUCUUUGGCACUUGAACUGGGGCCCGGAUUGCUCCACAAAGCCGGUGCCUGACCGUGUCACCGUGAGAUCAUUGCUGGAUGAGUACUUGACAAGUGGAGUGGCGACCCGAGCAGAGCCCCUGAUGGUCUACCAGGCACAGGACCCUGGGAGGAACGAUUUCAUUCUUCAUUUUACCAAAGGAGCCGCAAGGUCAGCAGCAUGCCUUGUGCUGGCCAGCCUUGUCAUGCGGUACGGCUUCCAUUUGAAGACCUUCGUGCAGGAGAGCAUGUGUGAGAUUCAUGUCACACAGGCAGACUGUCGCUGUGACAUUGCCUCAGUGGCCCUGUUCAACGCAAAGAUGAGUGCACGCGGGGACAUUCGCAAGGCUCACUGUUGCUUGACAUGGCUGGCCAAAAUGAUGGUGCUGAAGAAGCACAAUCAUGAUGCAACCAGUAUCAUUAAGGAGUGGAACCGCACGUGCACGAAGGAUGGGCAGAUCAAAGGGGCCAAGCACACGGCCCUGUUGUCCCUGUUGAAUCUGCCACAGUUUUGCGUCGAUGCGCUGCUCGAACACUUGAACGAGUUCGGGUCUCAAGGAGCAUUCAACGACAACCAAUGGAGCAACAAGAAGGUGUUGCCAGGUGGUGGGCCGAAGGGCUACCCCAGAGAAUGGAACAGUCGGCUCCAGGUGACGGACGAAGGCUUCUGCCUCAUGAUCAAGUACCUGGACAAUCGACACCGGAUGAAGCUUGCAGGCUCACGAUGCAAGUUCAGCGGGUCGGAUGUGGAGGAGGCCGCUUUGGUAUGCCAGCUCUUGCACUCCCUUGUUCAUGAGCUGGAGGACUCAGUGCCCCUGCAGGUCAAGGAAGACGUAUGCACACUCCUGGUGCAGGGAGACAUGAACUUGCUUCUGCAGCUCCAAGGAGCCCUUUCAGAGAAGAGAAGCAACCUUGCUCCUGCAGACAUUCUGGUGCUCAGGGAAUACAUCCAAAAGCAUGUCGCAGACGGGGAGAAGAAGCUUCGCAACCUUGGUGCGGUUUCGAACAGCAUCAAUCCGGGACAGCUGGAGCGGCAGGAGUUCGAUCUUGCCAUUGCUUCCAUGCGACACGACAUGGACGUGUAUGGUGCUUGGCUUGUUCGGAGCCGCGAUCGCGAAGCCGGGGUUUAUCAUCAGAAUCUUCAGUGGAGGCUUGGCAGGCAGAAUCGAGCCAAGGAGAUGGCUGAAGGCAUCAUGCGGCGAAGCUCGGAAACUUGGAGGAUGGAGUUUGCUGUUUUGGAGUCAGCAGCCCAGGGCCUCAAGACCAUCCAAGAGGCCAUGAAGUACAUCUGCAGGCUAAACCAGAUUUCGGCGGAGAACUUGAAGUGCAUCGUCAUCCUGAAUUGGUGUGCACCCUCUUUGUUUUCGUCCCAAGUUCAGCGAGAUCAAGCAUCUUUGAUGGGGGCCAUCUUGAAUGGGCAGAAUGCCGUGGCUGGAGGCGUGUGCCUGACACCUACGUUUACAUACAACAAGGGUCAGCUUCACAAGACAGAGCAGGAGGCUUUGAGGCUCCUUGCGGAGUCCAACCUCAAUCUCGACCACGUUGCUGUGGUGCCCUACAAAGGGCGCAACGACGACCGAGAGAAGAGUGUCAGGCCACUGCUCAUGCUCACCCGCAUUUUGAUGCCGAUGGACGAAGUGGCUGCUGAACGGGCUCAGGAGAACUGGCGACUGUCCGCCAUUUUCAGAAAACCCCUAUUGGAAGAGGCGGACCUUCCCCAGACCCGGGACCUUCUGGCGAUAGAGGAUCUGGAUCCUGCGGCAUUGCCAACAACCACCGAUGCCCAUGUCCAUGUGCCCCAGCCAGAGAAGGCAAUGCAGAUCGGAGAGUCAGCAGCGAGGUCGAUCCUCCGAGGCUUCUUGGCCCAGGACUCCACAGUUGGAGCCACUGCGGGUACGAGAAGUGCGUUUCUGUGCAUUGACUUGAGCCCGCACACCUGUGACUUCAGCAGAGCCGCCCUGGCUGAGACCAAGUUGCCCGUGUACUACCUGGGCUUGACAAGGAGCGAGGGAGAGCUCGAGUGGUCAAAAUCCUUC